AUGCCUCGCCAUAGACCCGCAAACAAAAUCAUAAUAAUAAACGACAAUACGAUCAACCCGAAAAUGUAAGUACAAGUACCUACUUAUUAAUUUUUUUAGAAUAUUGUCUUCUUUUAUUCUUUUAAACGUUAAAUCUGUUGUUUCCUGUAGAUGUUGUCAAUUUUUAAUAAAUUUUUCAAUAAAUUACAGAACGAACCUGGACAAGCGCUGUACAAUUACGAUUGGCGAUCAGACCACCACCGUUGAAGCCAAUAAUCUCGAAAAAAUAUGCGAUCUGGGACGUGGUGCCUAUGGUAUAGUUGAAAAGAUGAGGCAUAAACCUUCGGACACUAUUAUGGCUGUUAAGGUAAGCGUACCCGUGGUAAUUUUACCUGUGGUAUAAGUGUUUCUUUUUGAUACCAAGUUUUUUCUUUUGCUUGUACAUAGAGGAUAGCGGCCACUGUAAACACACUAGAACAGAAACGAUUGUUAACAGAUCUGGACAUAUCUAUGCGAUCAUCUGCUUGCCCGCACACUGUGCAAUUUUACGGAGCAUUGUUUAUGGAAGGCGAUGUGUGGAUAUGCAUGGAAGUGAUGGAUAUGUCCCUCGACAAAUUUUAUGCCAAAGUGUAUAAAUUUGGACGAAAGAUUCCCGAACAAAUUCUUGGACCUAUCACUGUAGCGGUAAUUAAUCCAUUGUAUUAUUAUUUCUUAUUGAAAUAGGUUAUACUUAAAAUACUAUACUUGAAGCUAAUUGAAAAAUGAUUUUGUUGAAAAAGUGUGUGUUAUCUUUGAUAUUUAUUCUUAAAUGUGUAUCACUUAGUUAAGUAAAACUAUAUAUUCUAUCAUCAUCUAUUAGGUAUACCAAAUAAAUAAAUGUUUAAUACAAUUUUUUUUUUUCUAGGUUGUUAGUGCUCUUCAUUAUUUGCAUUCUCAGUUGCGAGUUAUACAUCGUGAUGUAAAACCAUCAAAUAUUUUAAUUAAUCGUAAUGGUGAUGUAAAAAUGUGUGAUUUUGGUAUAUCUGGAUAUUUAGUUGAUUCAGUGGCAAAAACAAUUGAUGCUGGAUGUAAACCUUACAUGGCAGUAAAUAAAUUUUUAUUUCUUUAAAUUUUUUUGACAAUGUACGGGAACUUUGCCUAGAUUAAUAUAUUAUAUUGUAUAUUUUAUAGCCAGAGCGAAUAGACCCAACCGGAAAUCCUUCAAAUUAUGAUAUACGAAGUGAUAUUUGGAGUUUAGGAAUAUCUCUCGUAGAACUUGCUACUGGUAAAUUUCCAUACGAUACAUGGGGUACACCAUUUGAGCAACUCAAACAAGUAGUUAAAGAUGAACCCCCUAGGUUAUCUCCUGGCAUGUUCACAUCAUAUUUUGAAGAUUUUAUUUGUCAAUGGUAAGUUGCUGAUAUUUAUUAUAUUUUAAUCUUAUGUGUAAUCUAACUGAAAAUUAAGACAAAUUUUCGAAAUUCAGUCUCAUGAGUUAUUUGUUAUUUCAGUUUGCAAAAAGAUUUCCGGAGCCGUCCAAAUUACUCACAAUUACUUAACCAUCCAUUUUGUCUUGCUCAUCAAGAACCGCAGACAGCCCUAGUUGCGUCAUUUGUGUCUGAAAUUAUCGAUCUACCUGAUAUGGCUGUGUCAGGCUAA